AUGCGAACCAUUAUGUCUCUUGACGAGGACGGAGACUCAACCGAUUUGGACAGAGGGAAGGAUAACCCUGGACUCAGUUCGGCAAAAUCAUCCAAAAGACUUAAUCAAAUUGACUGUGUUCGAGCCAACGGGGUUGGCGAUCAUAUCGCGCUCCCCCAGCUAGCAGUGUGUGGUGAUCAGUCGGCGGGAAAAAGCUCUGUUCUCGAAGGUAUCACCGGAUACCCUUUUCCUCGCAAGGACGGACUUUGUACACAGUUUCCUACCGAGAUAGUACUGCGCCAUGACACUCAAGUCAGUUCGAUGACUGCAAGCCUUCUGCCGAGUCAAUCUCGUUCUCCUGAGGAGAAAACAAAGUUCGCGGGGUUUCAACGAGAAUUUCAAGAUUUCAACGAAUUACCGACGAUAAUCCGCGAAGCUUCCAAUUAUAUGGGGGUUCGAGGAUUCAGCGAGCUUGCCGAUGCACCUGGCUUCGCUGCGGAUGUUCUUAGACUCGAAUUAGUCGGCAAUACGGGGCUUCAUCUGACUUUGGUUGAUCUACCGGGAUUGAUAGAGGUCUCGGAAAACGAGGAAGACGUUGGGAUCGUGCGACGUUUGGUUGAUUCAUAUCUGGAGAGCUCUCGUACAAUAAUACUUGCUAUUAUUCCGGCCAGCAGCGAUGCAGAGACCCAACGCAUUAUUCAACGAGCGCGUCAUUUUGACAAGGAGGGUGUUAGGACUGUGGGGAUCAUCACGAAACCCGACCUCAUCAACAGUAACACAGAAGAAAGAGUGGCUCGCUUGGCAAAAAACCUGGAUCGCACGAAGUUGAAUCUUGGCUUCUUUCUCGUCAAAAAUCCCUCCCCGGAUGAAUUAUUGGACGGAAUCGGUUUUCGGCAGCGCAAUCAGGUAGAAAUGGAGUUCUUCUCCAGUCUACGUUGGAAGGCCCAGGGACUUGAUUCUACGAGAAUUGGGAUGAACAAUUUACGUUCAUUUUUGGAGGAACUGCUGGAUAGCCAUAUCGAGCGAGAGCUACCGAAGGUUCAGCAGGAGGUUCGACGUCUACUGCAGCGUGUGGAUGACGAAAUGAUUAACCUUGGGAUUGAGAGAUCAAACGCAACGCAAGUUCGAGUAUUUCUCACUCAGAUCAGUACUGAAUUCUAUGGAAUUGUCAAGAAUGGUCUUGAGGGAAACUAUGAUAGCUGGGACGGCGAUUUUUUUGCAACUGGUCCAGAAAGUUGCCGUCUACGUGCUGCGAUCCAUAGGAAAAAUGAGCACUUUGCCCAAUACAUGAGGAUCCAUGGCCAACGGAGAAAGGUCGUCGCGUCUGAUUGCGAUGAUAUACUCGAAGAGGAAAUCAAAGAAGAAAGCAAAGAGGAAAGCAAAGAGGAAAUCGAGGAAGACAAAAAUAAAGAGCUUUCUGUUACAGAGAAAGAGAUGUUUUCUUGGAUUAAAGAGAUGUAUCGGCAAACAAGAGGUCGCGAGCUCCCAGGAAAUUACAACCACUCUCUCCUUCAACGUUUGUUUCAUAUCCAAUCAUGUCGCUGGAAAGAGAUCUCUCGAGCCCACAUUGAGUCUAUCGUGAGUUUAGUGACUCGGUUUGUGCGCCAGGCCUUGAAGUUCGUGGUAAAGGAUGCCGGAGUCUACGACAAAUUGCAGAAGCACAUCAUGGCUACGUUCAAUGAGAAUACCGACAAUGCUCAUGAGGAACUCUCCAAGCUCAUACAAGAUGAAAGAGGUCACCCAAUCACCUACAAUCACUACUAUACCGACAACAUUCAGAAAGCGAGACAUGACGAAGCGAAGGAAAGCAUUCGAAAUUCCGUCAAGAAAGCAGCUGAAUCGGAUUUGGGUGGCAAUGUUCACUUCAACAACACUCCUGAUGAAAUGAAUCGAAUGAUUUUAGCUCUACAGAAGCGCGUGGAGGUUAAUAUGGUUGACAGAGCCUGCUCCGAGGCAUUGACCGACCUGAAUGCAUAUUACAAGGUUGCCAUGAAAACAUUUGUCGACAAUGUGUGCCGACAGGUGAUUGAAAGGCAAAUUCUGUCCAAAUUGGGAAGGGCAUUUCACCCAACAGUUGUGAUCCCUUCUAGUUCGCGAUCUGAUAAUUACAUUAUCUUCCUCAAUUACCACUUUUUUCUUACUGCAUAUGCUUUGAGCACAACAAUGAGCGCUGAAGAAUUUCUGGCCAAUGUUGAAAGCGGCAUUGUGCCUGUGACCUGCCAUGAGGAUGUCUUACGGAUCGCAUUCAUCUAUCUGGAUGAGGGGCUGUGGACUGACAAUGGGGUGUUUGAUGUGGUGGAGAAGCUGCACGCGCAUGGCUGGUCCUUUGGCGAGGGCGAGUUACGCAUUAACCGUACCCUGGAUGUAUUCUAUCUCGCACAGCUAGCAGCAGCUAUCUACCGCUAUUCCUCCCAACUGGAGGGGGACUUCCCUUCCUUCUCUGAUUUCCCUGCCUUCUACACAGCUCACCACGCCCUCCUACAUUCCUCCGCCUGGCGCUCCUACUACUCCACCCACUUCCUCGCCCAACGUACUACAGCGCGCUUGUACCGCCUGCCCGACCUCCAGGACCUCCCCGACUCCUCCUCCCCGCUAUGCCAGCCGCGCCGCAGUACAGUAUUUGCACACGUCUUGAAACUCCCCCGCUGGGCCUAUACUGUGUCUUGUACACGACGCAGGCAGCCCUUUCUACCAUUUGUGACUCUUACUGAAGUAGCCCUUAGCACGCUGGAGGCAACUAUGACACGCCUGCACACGGCCUACGCCAGUGCACCACCCUAUUCCGAAUCACAUGCGCGCUUCUGGCUUGACUAUUUUACUCCUGGUCUAUCUCCAUCGCGGCUGAUUAAGAUAACUUUCCGGGAAGCAUGGGGGCCUAAUAGCUUUGGGAUAUUGACUGCGCAGGGAAAGUAUGAUAUAUACGGGCUAGAAGCAGAGUACCUCGCACAGGUAUCGGGGGGAGAGGUUGCCGAGGUAAAUAGCGAGUCGGAGCAGGUGGAGUGGUGUGGGUUGCCCGAUGGAGGGAUUGGAGAGCAGGCGUGGUGGAGGGGUUGGGAGGGAGAGAUCGGAAGUGAGGAGGAGGUGGAGUUCCUAGCCGCUGUUGCAGUGGAGGAGACAGUUGGACUAGGACUAGAAGGAAUGGAAAUGGAUGAGUUGGACUUGUCAAUCCGGUCACAUAUACUAUUAGCGGUCAUGCAGGCUGCUGUGAAAGACAGGCAGGAGAGGGAAUGUUUCCUAGUGGAGCUGGAGAGGCGGAUAGUGCAGAAGGGGAUAAUUGACGAGGAGAGGGUAGGGAGGUGGACCAAGGAGGCCUUAGGGAUUAUGGAGCCGUAUGUACGCAUAUGGCAGGGCGUUUGGCCUGGUGGGGGAGAUGCUGCGGCAGAUCUUGGUGGAGAAUGCGCAGCACUUUGCACGCUGGAGGGUGUCACCUCUUUCGAAGCAGUUCGCUUUUGA